GUCAUGUCUAGCAGUAAGGAGCAGGCCUCCAUCAGUCAGGUGAUGUGUUUCCUCCAUGAGUGGGAUCAGGGCAGUAAGACGGUGCGCAGUCGAAUGCUAAGUGACUUUCUGGCCAAGAACACUGGAAAGACGUGUCCUGAACUGGAGCUCGAGUUCGCACAAGUUGCCAGCCUGUUCCUUGCUCGGCUCACUGCCUGGAUAAGACUAACCUAUAUGUUUGGAACGUGUCUAGACCUUCAGCUGAGAGCAGUGGGGGUUUUCCUGUCUGCUAACAGCAGUCAUCAGUACAUGAUUGAGUUUCUGGAGGUGGGUGGAGUGCUUACCCUGCUUGAGAUUCUAGGACAAGACAAACUCAAGGAAGGGGAUAAAACCGAGGGUCUUCGCCUGCUCCAGAUCAUCGCCAACGCGGGCCAAAAAUAUAAAGAGCUAAUCUGUGAAAGCUACGGUGUGAAGGCCGUAGCUGAAUGUUUGGCCAAAUCUGAGACAGAGGGGACUCAGGAGACCGCCGCCGCCCUGCUAGAAUCUUUGGCCCAUGGAAACCCCAAAUACCAGAAUCAGGUGUACAAGGGCCUGAUCGCCCUGCUGACCUGCACCUCACCAAGAGCACAGCAGCUUGUUUUACAGAUCCUACGUAUAAUUCAGCCCAUUGUAAAAACAGCCCAUCACAGCAUAUCCUAUCCAGAGGUGGCCAAAAUGACUGAUUCACUCCCUGUGCUUCUCCAGCAAGCAGCUUCUGCAAAAACCAUCAGGAUUCUGGCACAGAGAAGUGAAGAGAUAUCCAAAGAGCUGCUCUCUCUCAGAGUGAUCCAUCACUUACUGCACGCAAUGGGGAACCAGGAACAUGCAGAUUCCCAGAGACAAGCCAGCCUGGCUUUGGAGCAUUUUGUGCGCAUGUAUCCAGUGGUGGAAGAGCAUGUAUGCAGAGCAAUGGGCACCAGACUGUUUGAGUCUUUUAUG